CGAAGGAACAUAGUAACGACACAUUUGUGCGCCGUUAUUGUGAAUAUACGUGUGAAUAAGAAGUUAUUCGUGAUAUUUUGAAGAAGAAAUGGUUAAAGUACCAGCGAUUGGAAUUGAUUUGGGCACGACCUACUCCUGCGUAGGCGUGUGGCAAAAUGGAAAGGUGGAAAUCAUCGCCAACGACCAAGGAAACAGAACAACUCCAAGUUACGUCGCCUUUACCGACACGGAAAGGCUCAUCGGGGAUGCGGCCAAAAAUCAAGUUGCCAUGAAUCCCCACAACACCAUUUUCGACGCGAAAAGACUCAUCGGCCGAAAAUACGACGAUCCAAAAAUUCAACAGGAUAUGAAGCAUUGGCCUUUCAAGGUGAUAAGCGAUGGAGGAAAACCGAAAGUGGAAAUUCAUUUUAAGGGCGAAACUAAAAAAUUCGCCCCAGAAGAAGUAAGUUCAAUGGUGCUCACGAAAAUGAGAGAAACGGCUGAAGCUUACUUGGGCGCGUCAGUCAAAGAUGCCGUUAUUACUGUACCGGCAUAUUUCAACGACUCCCAGAGGCAAGCUACAAAAGAUGCUGGGGUUAUUGCCGGAUUAAAUGUAUUGAGAAUUAUAAACGAACCCACGGCCGCCGCUCUCGCUUAUGGCCUGGAUAAAAACCUCAAAGGUGAGCGUAACGUUCUCAUUUUUGAUUUGGGCGGCGGUACAUUUGACGUAUCCAUACUCACCAUCGACGAAGGCUCCUUGUUCGAGGUCAGAUCUACUGCUGGCGACACACAUCUUGGAGGAGAAGACUUUGACAAUCGUUUAGUUGACCACUUCGUAGAAGAAUUUAAAAGAAAAUUCAGGAAAGAUAUACGUAACAACCCCAGAGCUUUACGUCGUCUCCGCACAGCUGCAGAAAGAGCAAAACGAACAUUGUCAUCCGGCACCGAGGCAACUUUAGAAAUUGACGCAUUAUUUGAUGGUAUCGAUUUCCACACGAAGAUCUCCAGGGCUCGCUUUGAAGAAUUGUGCUCUGAUUUAUUCCGUGGAACCCUACAGCCAGUUGAGAAAGCGCUCGCAGACGCAAAAAUGGACAAGGGCUCAAUCCAUGACGUGGUACUUGUCGGUGGUUCAACUCGAAUUCCCAAGAUUCAAUCCCUACUACAAAAUUAUUUCUGUGGCAAGCCGUUGAAUCUAUCAAUAAAUCCAGAUGAAGCUGUGGCUUAUGGUGCAGCAGUUCAAGCAGCCGUCCUUAGCGGUGAUACAAGUGAUAAAAUUCAAGAUGUUCUACUGGUUGAUGUCACUCCCCUUUCCAUGGGCAUCGAAACUGCUGGCGGUGUCAUGACGAAAAUCAUCGAACGUAACUCUCGCAUCCCAUGCAAGCAAACGCAAACAUUCACAACUUACUCCGAUAAUCAAUCUGGAGUUACGGUUCAAGUAUUCGAAGGCGAAAGAGCCAUGACAAAGGAUAACAAUUUACUUGGCAAUUUUGACUUGUCCGGAAUUCCACCAGCACCGCGAGGAGUUCCCAAAAUCGAAGUUACCUUCGACAUGGAUGCUAACGGCAUACUAAACGUGUCAGCUAAAGACACCAGCUCCGGGAAGUCGCAACAAAUAACAAUUAAGAACGACAAAGGCCGACUAUCGCAGAGAGACAUCGACCAAAUGGUGGCGGAUGCUGAGAAAUACAAAGAGGAAGACGAAAAACAACGAGCCCGAAUCUCAGCCCGCAAUCAACUGGAGGGUUACGUUUUCAAUUUAAAACAAGCUCUUAGUGACGUUGGUGACAAAUUAUCAGCAGAAGAUAAACAAUCGGUGGAGAGUGCAUGCGACGGAUGCUUAAAAUGGCUGGACAAUAAUUUACUUGCAGAGAAAGAGGAGUACGAAGAUCAACAGAAACAGCUAACAAAUCUUUGUAGUCCAAUUAUGUCCAAGUUAUAUGCAAAUGGAAGCCAACAAAGUGGACCUAUGCCAGGAAACUGUGGGCAACAAGCAGGGCGAUUUAACAGCCAAGGACCAACGAUUGAAGAAGUAGAUUAAAGUACUUAUAAUUUGUAGCUUUACAAUCUCAUUUUGUACAUAAGACUGACUUGUAAAUAAAUUAUUUAUUAUAUA